CAUUGCGUCGCCAUGCUGUCCACAUUAGGCAUGGGAUGAUAACCGGUUUCAAGGUUUACCGCGAUUUGGAAAAGUCAAGGUUUUAAUAACGCUAAAAUGUUUUGUUACUAUUCUCAAGGUAUAUGUAAGGUUUUUUAAAUAUAUUUUUUAUGUGUUGUAAAGAAAUCUAUGUUUUUGAAACUAAUGAAUAGAGCAGAAGUUAAUGAUUUAUUUAAAAUAUUUACCCUGACAUGUUUACUGCUCCAAAAUAUUAUGCUUUGUACAAUAAAAUCUCGAUUGGUGCAGAGAAUAGUGUCAUAAAGCCGUGUAUGUAUGAAUUAUCCUGUCGCAAAAUGCGACUAAAAGUCUAACAUGACGGUAAUUGUUUGAUUAAGGUGUUUACAAGUCUGCACUGCAUCAGUUUAGUUCAAUUAUGACCUUAAUCGGAUUAAAUUAAUCAAAAAUCACUUUUUACAUGGUCGACUUGUAAUGAGUACCUAUUGUCUUUGUCGGAUUAUUGGUGUCCAAAAUGUACUGAUUGUUUGAAUUUUUUUACCAUCAGAGGGUGGCACAUAAUGCUGAAAUACCCCUUAUACUGCUAUUUAAAGUUUUACAGCUGUUUUUGGCACUCAAUUAAUUUUUUAUCUUACAGAAAAUUGACUAAAUUAACCAUGCUCAAUUUAAUAAAUAUUUGUACAAAGCAUAAAUUAAAAAAAUAAAUCCUUUAUGCAUUUUUUAUGUUUGUUCAGUGAACAGAGCGGUGUUGUUAUUUCUGGUACUGGGGUAUUUGCAUUAGGAAGUAUAAGGCCGAGUGAUUUGUUUGAUGAUAUAGAUCAGGACGCCUGUGAAAUGACAAAACAGAAGUCAAAAUAGAGGACGAAAAGAUGUCACGCAUUUUGAGUCCGCUCCUGUCGACUCGUGAGAACGGCCUUCUCUUCAAUUUACUAAGUCAGGAAUGUAGUGUUUUAGCAUGUGGUAUUGUCCAGCUGGUAAUGGCAGUCGCUCCACAGAAAAAAGAGUGGAAAAGUCACAGUUUUGGAGUCCUAUGUCUGGUGCAAGAUAAAACAAUCCAAUCAACAUUCAUGAGACUCUACUGUCUUAAUAAGAAGGUGAAGAUGCAGUGGGAACAGGAGCUGUAUACACCAUUUAAGUACUCAGAGGCCAGUCCUUAUUUCCACACAUUCCCUGGUGAUGAGUGUCAAAUAGGAAUAAACUUCGCAGACGAAGAUGAAGCCAAGCAAUUCUACACAGCAAUACAGAAGCAGAUCAACGAAAACAAAGCUUCUUCUGCUUUGCUGGUACGCAGAUACAGUGUGGGGGGUAUCUCUGAAUGUAAAGAUAAGCUUGACAAUAUCUUUAGAGGAUAUGAAGUGCAGAAGAGGCUUUCACUUAGAAGUGCAUCCAGAGUUCCUCACCCCCUCGCUUCAGAGAGCAAAGCCACAGCUUUCAGCACAAUGUCCGGCCAAAUACGUGACUCGCCACAGACACUCCCCAGUGUUGAUGAAGAAUCCAUUUCUCUCGCCCAAAGAAAGGGUCCUCUCCCACCAAUUCCCAUUCAUGCCAGAGCAGCCAUGUUGAAAUUGAAUCGCAGUGCUAGCAUGCAAACCCAUGAGACCACCAUUCCUGUUCCAUCAAAGGUGCCACCGCCUCCAUCUUAUCAUGCCCCAACGGCCCCUGAUAAAGAUCACUUCUCAGCUGGAUCGAAGCAAACUUUUCAUCCUAAUGAUGGUGUCGAAGAUGUCUAUGACGAUGUCUACGAUGGUGUCUAUGAUGAUUACCUUUAGAAAAAUGUCCUUUAAAAAUAUGGGAUGUCAUGUAGUCCAGUCCAGCGGUUCAGAAGACCCACCCCUCAAUGACAAAAGUCUAGAAUUUCUCCCAUACAUGAGCUCAUUUAUCCUAUUUUGACUGCUAUACCAACAUAAAUAGUGAAAAUAACCGAUUGAAAAAGGCUUUAAGACCAAGCCAAAUUCUGUGUUGACCCGACCGUCACAUCAGUGUGAUUUCAGCUAAUCAGUUCUGGCCAAUGCAAACUAUUAUUUGUCAUGAGUCCAACAUCCAGCUGUGCAAGAAAACAUAAAUCGGAUGUGAGCGACGUCAACUUUCGAUAUUAUAUUGUUUUUAAAUAGAGAAAACAUUUUACUUUUAUUCUAAAUCUUGGAUUUGUCACAUUUUGAA